GUUAAGGAAAUACGUUGACUCAUUAUCAAAAAUUUGAUCCUUCCAUUGUGUUAAUGUUCAGUUGAUGUCUUUAUUUUUUAUAUAUACUCUGCACUCAAAGGGUCAGUAUAAUUAAUUAUAAAGAAAAAGCUUUAUCGUGUUCGGGAGUGAAAAAAUGUCAGAAACAAACGUUGAUAAAUCUCAAGAACCAUCCAUCAUGUCGACUGAUCCCAAAGAACGUAUAUUAGCACGAAGGCUUCGUAUUCAAAGAAGAUUAGAAGCUAUGAAAAAGCAAGAUAGGGAAGAGGAUGAAACUACUGAUGAAAAAACAAAGACUGAACAACAAAUAGAUGCGAGUACAGAAUUUAUGCAAAAGUUAGUUGCUGAAGGAGACGAAGUGAUUUCAAAUGUGAGAAUAGCAAAUGAUGCACGUGAAAUACAUCGUCGUGAAGAAGAUUUCAAAAUACGUGAAGUUUUAUUAAAUAAACUUAAAGAAGAAGCUGAAGAAUCGAUGAUGAAAUGUAAAGAGAUCAAUUCGAAAUGGCCAGAGCUGCUUGAAUCGAAAGAUCCAUUGGAUAUACACAAUGGAAUUGAGUCACAGAAAAUUAAGUGCCAAGAAGUUUUAGAACAAAAGGAUGUUAUUAUAAAUGAAUUAAAAAAAGCAAUUGAUAAUGCAGAUCAUAAAUUUGCUGAAGAUCAGAAAAAGCAGAAUGAAGAUAUUGAUUUAUUGAUUGAUAGAAUUGAUACACAGAUAAAUUUGAUAUAUAAAGGGUAUCGUCGUGAAUUGAAUCUCAUUGAAGAUACGUUGAAGAAUGAAAGAAAUAUAAUAUUAGAAGAUAUUACAAAAAGAUGGGAUUCUUUGUAUGAAGAGCGACAAAAUAAUGAACUUCAAGGCGUAGAACGUAGGCGAGAAAUAAUGCGUGAAUAUGAGAAAGAAAUGAAUAGAGUAUUAAUUGAACAUCAAGAACAAUACAGAGCACAAAAGAUUUGGCUAGAGAGCGAGUGUCAGAAACUUCAACAAGAAGUAGAGAAUAUGAAAGCUGUAUGUUUAUUAAAUCUUGAAAAGUUAGAGUAUAGCUAUGCUAUUCUCAAACGAAGAGAGAGUGAAAAUAUUAUUGUCAAGAACCAACAAAAAAGAAGAAUUAAUAAGCUUCAAGACAUUGUUAAUAAUUUGAAAAAAAAUUAUACAGAUUUAGAAAUAAGUACAAAAGCAAAAAUAGAAAAACUAAUGGACGAAAUAAAUAAAGCAAAGAAAAAUAUCAUAGAUUUAGAGCUGAAAUCGAAUCAUUUUACUAUGAUUAAUGAUAAGCAGUUUAUGCAAAUCUGGGAAAUGAACACAAAAAAUGCAGACAAGUUAUUGGAACAAAUAUUCAAAGUUGACAAAAUUGUCUACGAGCAAAUGUUAGGAUUAGAAUGGGAGCCACCAAAAGAAACCUUGUUAAAGAAGGAACAAUUACCAUCAUAUUGUAAAGCAAUGCUAAGUAUUGAACGAGACAAUGCAGAGAAAGACGGUAAUGUCAAGUUAUGUAAAUCGCAAAUAAAAGAUAAAUCUCCAGAGAGAAUAAAUUCAGAGAGGAAAUUAUUAAGACACAUCAUGAUGCAGAUUUCAGACCAAGCAGAGUUUCUGGUUGAAGAAAAAAUUCUAGAACUUCUUUCUCAAUAUUCCGAAGAAAAUCGAAUGAUCGUAAAGCUUGAUCACGUCUUCCAGGCAUUAAAUAUUACGUCUGAAGAUCAAAUUCAUGUGCUAAUUAAUUUUUUUUUGCCCUACUCUUACUGCCCUACUUGUAUUGGAGAAAAUGAAAAAAAAAUUAACGAGCUGUUACGUAAACCGCAAAAAGAAAAAGAAUUCGAAGAUGAAACUAUUUGUCCGUGUAACAGUCCAGAAUUAGAUGAGAAAACUACUCGUUUAAGGCAAGAAGUUUUGAAAUAUAUUUCUACUGAACCUAAAACAGAUAGAAGUGAAGAAGAGAAUAUUGAAGAAUCAAAAGAUUUGAGCGUGGAAUCAAUCACGGAAGAUAUUGGGAGUUCUGAGAAAAAUGAUUUUCAAGAGAACAACUUGACGUGUGAUAAAGGUCACUUGUUAGAAAUACAAUCAGAAAAUGUAAUAAAAGCGUUGCUAGAGUUUAAAGAAAAAUACAGUGAAGCUACACGUGGCGAGAUUUCCCAGAAUGUUAAGGAAAAAAUCUCUGAUAAUAAAGUAGUACUCUCACGCUGCAUAUCAGAAGAAGAUAUGAGAGAAUAUUGGAGACGAUACAGAGAUAUAUUUUCUUCUAAGAAAGAAAAACUUUGGGAUGCUUUGAUGAUAGGAUUGAAGAAAUAUCAUGAAAUUUUAAGAGAACGACAAAAGUUGAUUAAUGAAACGGAAGCAAUUCAGAAACAAAAUUCUGAAUUACGACGUUUACUUGAGAGCUAUGGAGUAAAAUCAACAGCCAAUUCAACUCAAAGAAAGUCUAGAUCAGCUCAUUCAGCAAUUUAGACUUUCUUUGUAUACAAAUAAACAAACCAAAGAAAAUAUUUUUCAACGAUAAAAUUAAUUUCUAUGAAUCAUCAACAUAUUUUAUUGCAUGAACAAAUACAGCCAAUUUUUUCAAAUAAUCUAUAAAUUAAUUGAUUUUAUCACACUUAGCUUUAUCUAUAUGUUAGAUGUACAUAUCUAUAUUUAUAUAUAUAUAUAUUUAUAUUUUUUUCAUUUUCAUCUCACUCAAUAAAGU